UUAGUUCCACUUUCCUUUCGGUUGAAUUGUGAUCACGAUAUGCGCCUCAAUCUGAACAAAAAUAAUAUUUGGGUGUGGGCCCAAUGUUUUUUCAUAUCGCUGACCUCGGUGCAAGGACGCGUUGACCUCGGACUCGGCUUACAGGAGUGGGACUAUGUCGAGGUUCGCGAAGGCGCUCAUCUUUUCUACUGGCUCCUGUACACCACUGCAAAUGUUACACAUUUUACGGAAAGACCGCUGGUUAUCUGGCUGCAGGGCGGACCCGGAGUAGCCUCCACGGGCAGUGGAAUCUUCGAGCAACUGGGCCCAGUCGACAUUAAUGGCAAUCCCCGGGAAAGUAGUUGGGUGCGGCAUAUGAAUGUGCUCUUUGUUGAUAGUCCCGUAGGUACAGGAUUCGCUUAUGUUGAGAAACACGGUCGAUAUGCCAGAACCAAUCGGCAGAUCGCCCUUGAUCUCGUUCAGCUGAUUAAACAUUUCCUCAACAAGUAUCCGAUUUUUAAAAGCGUGCCCCUGCACAUCUUCUCCGAAAGUUAUGGUGGCAAAAUGGCCCCUGAGUUCGCACUUGAGCUGUAUUUGGCCAAGAAAAAAGGGCAAGUGGACUGUAAUCUGAAGUCCGUGGUAGUUGGCAAUCCCUGGACCUCCCCACUGGACAGUGUCCUGUCGUAUGCACCCUUUUUGCUUCAGGCGGGCGUUGUGGACGAUAAUGGAUAUCACAGAAUAUCACGGCUGGCGGGCGAGUUGGCCACUCUCGUCUACGAUGAAAAGUGGCUCCAUGCUCUAAUGAAGGCUUCCGAAGUUCAGGAAGAGAUCUCCGUAAGCGGAGCCGGAGUCUUUAUCUACAACAUCCAAAAGCGCGUCCAUAAAGAUGAGGUCUAUCGGUACGGUGAAGAUCCGCAAAUGAGCCAAUUCCUUCGAUUCAAUGUUACUCAGGCUCUUGGACUUUCUAACAUGCCCGUGUGGAUGGAACAAAAUUCCACGGUUUUCGAACGCCUUGGCCGUGAUAUUUUCAAACCGGCCAGUAAUAUAGUUACAAAGUUGUUAGACGAGACGCCUAUUCAGGUGGGCAUUUACUCGGGAAUUUUGGACCUCCUCUGUGCUACGCCCGGAACCGUUCGUUGGAUCAGUAGACUGAAGUGGGGCCGCAAGUCGGAGUAUGCGAAGGCACCUCGUACUGCCGUCCGAAUUGACGGAAUGCUCGAGGGCUACGAAAAGCACGGUGGACGACUAAGCAUGUUCUGGGUCUUUCGAGCGGGACAUCUAGUGCAGCAGGAGAAUCCAGCAGCAAUGGGAUACAUUUUAAAAUACUUCACUAACUAUGGAUGAUGUGCAAAAACUUUGAAAUAAAGUUCCAGUCCCCACCAAAAAGCA